UCAGUGUUUAACACAUCAUCACCUUACGAACCUUUUUCGUGUGGAGCUCCGUUUGAAAAAAUCCAGUUGUUUGAAACGCUAAAUAUGGCAGUGAACACAGGCACGUCUCUGGUGCUGUCCAGCCUCCUGUCGGUGCUGGUAUUCGCCGGCAUGCAAAUGUUCAGUCGUCAGCUGGGGUCCACAGAGUGGCUGACCAUCGUCGGCGGCUUCCUGGGCUCCGUGCUUUUCGUCUGCUCCCUCACUGCGUUCAAUAACCUGGAGUGCUUGGUCUUUGGAAAGGGCUUCCAGGCCAAGAUCUUCCCAGAAAUUAUUGUGUGCCUGUCACUGGCUCUGUUUGCCUCUGCGCUUGUACAUCGUGUCUGCGUGACCACAUGCCUGAUCUUCUCUCUCUUUUCAAUAUAUUACAUCAACAAAGUGUCAGCUGCUCUCUACCAAGCUGCUGUUCCGUAGCAAUUCCCGCCAAAGUCACCGGCGGCAAGGGCAAGAGGAAGAACUGAAGUACUGAUACUGUUAUUUGAUCAUCCAAUCAGCAUCCAGUCCCAGCCCAUGAUCAU